CGCACGGAAGGCUGCACGCGCUUUGCGAUGGACUACGCAGCCAUCGGCGGCCACUUGGACGUGGUCACCUUCUUGCACGAGUCGCGUUCGGAAGGCUGCUCGACGCUCGCGAUGGACGGGGCGGCCGAAGGUGGGCACCUCGACGUCGUGGCCUUUCUGCACCACCACCGCCACGAGGGCUGCACGGACAAGGCUCUCGAAGGCGCGACGUACCACGGCCGCGAAGACGUUGUCCGGUUUCUCUUGGCGCACCGAAGCGAAGGCGACCUCGAGCACUGCAUUGACGUGGCCGAAAAGAGAUAUUACAUGCGGAUCCGCGAUCUGCUCUGGGCAGAGUACGCCAAGCGCAUGCCCGCCGCGCAUCCUGCACAAUAGACGUCCCGUCAUAUUCUGUUUUAAAACACUGUAUGUCGAUUGUAGAAUUCGGUUGUACGCAAG